AUGUGGACGCCGUCGCGUGGGAGCAACGCCCGGCGCAGCGGCCACCGCCGCAUCGCGGACUACCUGGCGGACGACCAGACCACCACCACCGCCACCGACGCGUCCGACAACGAGUCCUACACUACCGCCUAUGGGGAGGAGUUCUUCGCCGCCGCCGGGAGCGCCGGGAGCGGCGGCGGCGGCGGCAUGCUGCCGGCAUUCCUCGCGGACCAGGGGGACCUGGUGGAGGUCACGCUGGAGCUGGACGAGGAGUCCAUGGUGGUGCGCAGCGUCACGCCCACCAGCGCCGCGCUCUACGGCGCCGCCUCCCUCCCGGCGCCGCCCGCGGGGUUCGGGGUGUCGCCGUCGCCGCGCCGCACGCCGUCCGAGGGCGGCGCCGGCCGCCUGAGCCGGUGCUCGUCGACGUCGUCGCGGAUACGGAAGAAGUUUGCGUGGCUGCGGUCGCCGUCGCCGUCCCCGUCCCCGUACCGCCCCACGCCCGUCGAGCUGCAGCGUGAGGCGGCCAUGGCGGCGCGCGAGCGGCGGAGGGAGCAGGCGCAGCUCAACCGCUCCCGCGCGGGCGCCAGGCGCGCGCUCAAGGGCCUCCGCUUCAUCAGCCGCACCACGGGCUCCGUCGAGGCCGCCGAGCUGUGGCGCCGCGUCGAGGAGCGAUUCAACGACCUCGCCCGCGAAGGGCUGCUCUCCCGCGACGACUUCGGCGAAUGCAUCGGAAUGGUGGACUCCAAGGAGUUCGCGGUGGGCAUCUUCGACGCGCUGGCGCGGCGGCGGCGGCAGAACCUGGAGCGGAUCACCAAGGAGGAGCUCUACGACUUCUGGCUCCAGAUCUCUGAUCAGAGCUUCGACGCGCGGCUCCAGAUCUUCUUCGACAUGGUGGACACCAACGUGGACGGGAGGAUAACGAGGGAGGAAGUACAGGAGCUGAUCGUGCUCAGCGCGUCGGCCAACAAGCUGGCGAAGCUCAAGGAGCAGGCGGAGGAGUACGCGGCGCUCAUCAUGGAGGAGCUCGACCCGGAGAACCUUGGCUACAUUGAGCUGUGGCAGCUCGAGGCGCUGCUGCUCCAGCGCGACACCUACAUGAACUACAGCCGCCCGCUGAGCACGGCCAGCGGGGCCCAGUGGAGCCAGAACCUCGGCGUCGGCGGCGGCACGCUGACGGUAACAGGAGGCGGAGGAGGAGGAGGAGACGGCGGCGGCGGCGGCGACCACCCGCGGGAGCCUCGCCGGAUGAGCUGGGGCGUGCGGAAGGCGGCGGCGCGGGUGCGCGUGGCGGCGGAGGAGAAGUGGCGCGGCGCCUGGGUGCUUUUGCUGUGGUUCGCGGCCAUGGCGGCGCUGUUCGUGUGGAAGUUCGUGCAGUACCGGCGCACGGCGGCGUUCCAGGUGAUGGGGUACUGCCUCCCCACGGCCAAGGGCGCCGCGGAGACGCUCAAGCUCAACAUGGCGCUCGUGCUCCUCCCCGUCUGCCGCAACACGCUCACGUGGCUCCGCUCCUCCUGGGCCCGCUUCUUCGUCCCCUUCGACGACAACAUCACCUUCCACAAGAUGAUCGCGACGGCGAUCGUGGUGGGGAUCACGCUGCACGCGGGGAACCACCUGGCGUGCGACUUCCCGCGGGUGAUCGCGGCGAGCCCAGAGGAGUACUCGCUGGUGGCCGGUGCGUUCGGCGCGGACAAGCCCACGUACGCGGGGCUCCUGUCGGGCACCGUCGGCGUCACGGGCGUGGCCAUGGUGGUGCUCAUGACCGUCUCCUUCACGCUGGCCACGCACCCGUUCCGCAAGGGCGAGCCCAAGGGCUGGCGCCGGCGCGGGCAACGCCGUGACGUCGCGGCUCCCGGCGCCGCUGAACCGUCUCACCGGCUUCAACGCCUUCUGGUACUCGCACCACCUCCUCGGCAUCGUGUACGCGCUCCUGCUCGUCCACGGCUACUUCCUCUUCCUCGUCCGGAGGUGGUACGAGAAGACGAAACCACGCCUCGUGGCAAUCCGCAUUAUCCAGAGGAACAAAGAAAAAGGGCAAAAAGGAAAGGAAAAUGUGCCACGACUCCUCGGACCACGGCCACGGCAGUUGGCAGGAGACGUGCGAUAGGAGUAGGACAGGCGGAAUUCAGUGCGUUUGACAGCAAAGUCUGGUACGGUUGUAUGGCUACACGUAUGAGUGUUUAUGAUGGUCCUACACUUGUUGGUGGAUCUGGCUUGGGUAGCGUUGUUGAUCAGGCCACUUUCAUUUGGAUCUUUGCACUGAAAUAG